AUGGGCUUUCCAGAGACUCGUGGGCGUGCCAAGACAUUGCUUAACCGCUACGUUUCCGGCGACUCCGGCCCUCCUCCGGCAGUCUUUCUUGAUCGUCUGCUGGACUGCGCAAAGAGGUUUGGUUUUGAUCUGGAUUCCAUGGUUUUCAGUUACUUGUUGAAUAGCUAUGUUAGAGCGAAUCGAAUAGGGGAUGCUGUUGAUUGCUUUAACAGAAUGGUGGAGGUUGAGAUAUAUGCUAGUGUUGAAUAUGUGAACAUUGUGAUGACGGCAUUGGUUAGGAGGAACAUGUUUGAGGAAGCACGUGAGUUGUAUGGUACAAUGCUUGGGAGAGGAGUUGGUGAUUGUGCCACUCUAAAUGUCAUGAUGCGUGCUUGUUUGAAGGAGGGGAAGCCGGAGGCGGCCGAGGAGUACUUUCGGAAGGCAAGGGGGAGAGGGAUAGCAGCUGAUGCGGCAUUGGGGCUGUUUGUAAGAGUCCUGAUUCGCGUUUGGCUUUGGCGAGACAUGAAAAGUUGCUGCGAACUUUUCUCGGAACUUCUGGAAGUUGGUUUAUCUCCAAAUACAGGUGUUUAUACUAGCAUGAUUUGUGACUUCCGGAAUGUAAAUAACAUGGAAGCAGCUAUUGAGUUACAUCAGAAAAUGAUAACUGAAGGCAUUCCAUGUGAUGUGAAAACAUACAUUGCAUUAAUCAAUGGACUGCUAAGAAAGGGUGAUUUACAAUCUGCAUCAGAUCUUUACUCAAAGAUGCUUUCGAAGGGGAUUACACCUGAUAUCAACACAUAUACAGUUCUAAUAAAUGGCCUUUGUUGCAAACGACAAUUGGAGAAGGCACGCAAAACCUUGGAAUACAUGAAUAGAAGGAGAAUGACUGCUAGGGUUCAUAUUUAUACUGCUUUGAUUGUUGGGCACUUCAAGUAG